ACAUGCUUUGUAAACUCCCGUGGGACGAACGAACAUGGCGUCUGCAGCAAGACUAGCAGCUAUUCCAGAGGCUGAUAUCGACCCGGACGGCACAUUUAAGUAUGUUUUGAUACGAGUCCACAGUACAGAAGAGGGCGAUGAUUCAAGCGUAGAUAUCGUGCGUGGUUAUGCUUGGGCAGAGUAUCAUGCUGACAUCUACGAUCGGGUGGCCGAAGAGCUGGAGAAAGGCGGAGGUCUGGAUUGCGAGUGUGUAGGAGGGGGAAGGAUUAAACAUGACAGCAGUGCCAAGAAGAUCCAUAUUUAUGGCUACUCCAUGGGUUUUGGGAGAGCCAAUCACUCGGUUUCCAUGGAGAAGCUGAAGGCCCGCUACCCUAACUAUGAGGUGACAUGGGAUAAUGAAGGUUACUAAUAUCCCAUAUUGGAACAAGUGAAACGGAGAUGGAUUGUCAGCAGAUGAAUGGGGGUAGUCCUGAGCAAUGUGCUGUACAAUUGGACUCAUCUGAGGAGGCCUGGGAUUUUUUAUCCAGGCUAACAUCAACAACAAAGCUCUUUUUUUUAAAGAAUUGUCUUUUAUUUUGUCAAUUUGCACAGCUGGAUAUUUAAGGUUAAGGAAUCAUGGGUAUAGCAGGAGUAUUCGAGCGUUAAACCUGCAGGCAUCCGAUCCCGGUUGCAAGUCCAGUCCUACAUUGCAUGGAUACCCUGAUAGGGGCUUUCCGUGUCAGACUAUUCAAAUAUAUGCAAAUAAAUGUAUCAUUUUAAUAGACUCUUAAAACACGUGGUGCCACACCAAGAGGUAUUGAAUACUAAUAUUGAAAAAUAGAUAGCCAAUCACUCACACACUCUCAUUUUCCCAUUCUCACUAAUUUGAAUUACAUUCCUCACAAAUGCAUCCUGUUGUAUGAUUGUUUGCAGUGUGCCAAACAUGUAAACCCAUUCUUGGAUGGAUAGAAAAAUCUAUGCAUAGAAAGGGAACCUACAACAACGAAGCAAAAGGAGAAAACCAAAAGCUGUGUGACAUUAAAGCACAUUUCUUAUUUAAAAAACCCAAACCAUAUUUAUUAUUGCAUGGUAUGUGGGAAAUAAAAUAAACAUGAAUUUCUAUUAUUUUCAAUUGUCUGUGAAGUUUGACCCCCCAUUCCCACCACCAUUUCUUCGGGCUGUAGUUGUGGUCAGAGAAUAACUGUUUAGAGUCACAUAGAUGACUAACACUGGGUCGGCUGAGAUUGUGCAGUGCCCACUAGUGGUUGGCUGUGGUAAUGAGAGUGAUUUAAAUCCGGAGAAAAUAUCUCAAAUGAUGGAUUGUAUUUUGAAAGAGUUUGAGAUGUGUAUAUGUGGAAGCAUUUAAAGGCUAUGUUCUCAUGAGCCACUGUUGUGGGGAUUACAUGUUUUUGGAAAAUUAUGAAAAAAAAUAUUGUAGUGUAAUUUGUCAUGUGUCUGGAUGUUUUACAUGUAAGACUAAGGGCACUACUACGUAAUAAAGAACAUGAUGACAAAGGAUAAGAAAAUAUGUAGAUGAGAGCUAAAUGGAAUGAGAGAGGGCUACUCACAGCUGGGGACAAGGACAUGUGGAUGAUGUUAAAGUACCGAUCAUGUAGUGUAUAUUUUUGAACACACAGGACGUGGUAAGGCCCCCAUAAAUCUGACGACAUGUGGAUCCAUCCACAAUAUAAAUGAUUAGAAGAUGAAGAUAAUGUAAUAACUAUUGGAUAUCUAGUUGUUAGAUUAUUACCUUUGCAAAACAAUGUAAUUUGAUCAGGCAAACUUGCUGUAUGUGACCAUAGGAAUGUUGUCUGUUCUCUCUCCACUCUCUCCCCUCCACAACCAUGAAAGGAAACAUCCUUAGGGCAAUUAAAAGUCAGGUUACAGGUCUGUACAAACCUAGGGUGUCCUUUGGUUUUCUCUCCCUUUAAUGUUUUAUUACUUUAUUACCUUCUGGGGGAAACACAGAACCACAAACUACAGCCUGGCUAAAAUCCUUUUGAUUUUAAGUUUGAAUGCAAUCUGUGACAUUAAAUUCAAAUCAUUGAUUGAAAAUUAUUAAUUGUCUAUGUAGGUAAUAGUUGUUGAGGCCUGGUAGUUGAAAUUUAUGUUUUUAGAAGCAGUUUCAGGUGGAAACGAACACACUGGUUGGAUAUGGAAAAUAUUUUGCCUCAAGGUGGAGAUUAAAACUGGCUAGAUUUACCAAUUAUGUGCCUAUAAAUAUCACUUCUGUUGUUAAGAGGAGAAGUAAACUUCCAUGUUUUUGUCAGAGGUAUUCAGUAGCUGAGCUGGUUUACCUACUAACAUAUUCUUGUUUGGUCUCAUUAUAAAGAGGAUGAAACCAUGAAUCUUUUGAUAAUAUCAUAGUGCUUGGUCCUGUUUCCAGCAACAUAAGGUAAAUGUAAAAAUGUAAAAUUUGUAGCUUUCAGACAUUUUCACUCCUGGUGUUUUGGAAUAUUCAGCUGUCUUUUGGUUUUUGAACUUUGAUUUUGGUUUUCUUGGGACUUCUUUGGAGAAACAAACUCUGGUUUGGUACCUUCUUUCAUUUCUUUUGUGACUGCAUCUUGUCUAUGUCAGUAACAUUAGUUAUUAUUGAAGGUAGUCAGCCUUCAUCUAGAUGUUGCAUACUUGUUGUAACUUAAUAAAUCUUUUAAUUUUAA